AUGUCUACCCAACUCGCAGGUGCCUGCGGCGACUGCUGCGUCAAGACCGUCCACCACGUCGGCGAGGCCCGCGGCUCCGCUGUCGAGAUCGCCGGCGUGCGCACCUACGCCGUCACCCCCGCCGCCUUCGGCCACAAGCUCGAGGGCCAUGGCAAAGGCGUCAUCCUCUACUUCUCCGAUAUCUUCAACGCGUUCUACAUCAACGCGCAGCUCACGAUGGACUAUUUUGCUGAGAACGGUUACACCGUGUUAGGUAUCGACUACCUGAACGGAGAGAGCGCGCUCGACGUGUUCGGCGUCCCGGGAAAGGACUGGAAGGCGUGGGUCGAGCCGCACGUCAAGCGGGCCCCCGAGGUGACCAAGCCCUGGCUGGAGCAAGUCCGCAAGCGGUAUGGUGCGUGCCGUUUAGUGACGUGCUCGCGCGGUCGGAUUCUGAUUCGUCUUGGCGGCGCAGGGAACUGCUUCGGGGCGCCGUUCGUGAUGAACGUGCUCGCGCAGGACUGGGCGAUCGCGGGCGCGUUCGCGCACCCGACGUACCUCACUGAGGAUGAUUUCAAGCGUGUGAGGCGUCCCCUGUUGAUGCUUGUUCCCGGUCCUCAUUGGCGGCCCUCUGCAGACGGAGACUUCCUGUUCCCCCCAGAGAGCCGCCGCCGUGCGGUCGACAUCCUCAUCGAAGGCAAGAUGGAGUACAGCCUCGUUCUGUAUGGCGGAUUGGAGCACGGUUUUGCCACGCGCGGGGACCCUAACGUUCCGAACCAGAGGUGGGGCAAGGAGCACGCGGCGCUGAGCGCUGUGGCCUGGUUCGACCAUCAUGGGAGUGUCAACUCCGCAUGA